GAAAACCAAAGCUUUCUCCCCCCCGGCAAAAGCCUAUGAAGGAGUAUGGCCUCGGUGCGUUUUCAUUCUCUAUCUGAUUCGGACCCUGCCUAUACGUAGGCUACUGUCUCAGAGUUCCUUUCUACGGCAGAUUAGUUCUACUACAAGUUGCCUACGCUCGGACUAUUAACGAUCUAGUAAAACCGUUCGUUCACUUUCAAGAAAACACAAACAAACAAAUCCACGCCCUGCCUUGGAUACAAGAAGGAAAAAAACUCAAAUGCGUCCCAGUCUUUUGCUUUCGUGUGUGAAAGCAACAGAAGGUUCAGACGGGAUGCAGAGAAAACCAGAUGACAGCCAACGACAGCGUCUGAGCAUUACUGAGGCUGGGAUUGCUUCCUGGUUAGAAGUCAGCAUUAGCCUGGCUAGAUGCUGCAUGAAAGAAAAUAUUGCCCCACGUCGGCCUGUUCGUGUCGCGGGCUGGGGCUGUCCACUGCCCCGCCAAAGAUUUUCCCAUGCCAUUUGCAUGCACUUUUGUGCCGUUCGAGCAAUUGCAUCUUGUAAUUUAUCGUGAGCUAGAUGGAGCCUUCAUAUGUCGCUAGACUGCAUCUGCCGAACACUCGGCCAAGGCAGAACAAAAAAAAAAAAAAAAAAUCCAAAUCAGUGUCACGGCUGAUUGGAGCACACGCUACGAACGCC